CUUUGCCAUGUCUCUUCGUCCUUUCUCUAUAAAGACGUAUCCUUUCCUUGCCCUCACCCUUUCUUUCAGUACUUUCAUCUCUUACUUUGUCAAGCCCAACGCCGCGUCCCUGGCAGUUGUGUCAGCGCCGUCUUCUCAUCGUCUUCCUCCUUCUUUCCUCUUCUACUCCCUCGCGAGCGCCUGCCUGUCUCUGUCUCUGACCAGCACGCCAUAUCUUGAAGACUGCCUUGCCCACAACAUUAGAAGAUAGAAAGACUCAUCCCAGCAUAGCAGCGCUCCCACAACGUAAAUCUCCUCCUUUCUCCUCUCGUUGUGCGCGCACACACUCUCAGUAGUAAUAUACUUUGUCAACUUUCAAGAUGCAACAGAACACCAGUCAUCAUCGUUCUCAAGCUGCUGACGAUGAUGGACGCCAAAUUGGCCCCAUGCGUACUCCGUUGGCUCAGCAGCAGGACUUGGCACCUGAUUCAGCCAUGUCGCAGACACAAGAGCUUCCACCGCCCGGUACCCAAGCUUUCAAGCUGUCUGGCCUGGCCAGCAUUCCCCCGCUGAGCCUGCCGCAUCCUUCGAGCCUGCAGCAGCACAUUAGAAGCAAGACCGAGCAGCCGUCCGCUUCGCCACCACAGCAUCACCUUGUUCACGACCCUUUUGGCUUCAAUCGCAACCGCCACGUGGCCGCGGGUGCUGGCGGUAUCAGCAGCAGCGACGGUGGUAUACAGCCAGCACCUGACGUCUUCUCUCAGCGUCCGCCGCACAGCGACCCUGCAUACGACAUUCGCAUGGGUAUAGGAGGCCCUCUGGAUGACACGGGCAUCUCAUCGCCAUGCGACACGGUCCCGCCUCAUGCUAGAUCGCAGACUGCAGCCACGGAUGAGGCAGCGCUCAGCUAUGGUAUUUCUGACGGCCGCACAGCAUACAGCCAGCGUCUGCAUGAGCCCCAGGUCGGCGCGUCAUCCCUUCAGUCGGGUUUCACGGUAUCUAUAUUUCCAAGAACAGCUUCCGUCGAGCCUAGAGAACUGAAUCGUAACACACAAGGCGCCCAUGUCGGCGAGCACAGCGUCCUGCCAGUGUCUGUUUCUGCUGCUGUUGGGAGUGCUCUCCGCCUGCACGAUCAUAGCACUGACGCAUCUCAGCACGGUGGCUCUGGCCUUGGCACUGCUGGACUCGGCACAGGCUGGACCUCCUUCGACACCAGCGGUGCAAAACAGGCCGAGGCCUCCACCAGCGGUACCCUCGUCUCAAGCAUCGAUUUGGAUGAACAGAUGCGCAAAGAUGAGAGCAGAAUUUUUCACUCGACGCCUCCAGGACCCACGCGUGCCGAGAUGCUCAGGUACAACCCGCCCAUUGCGUCGACUCCGCUGAGUGGCAAAGUCAUGCGCAUGAACCCUCACGUCCGGCAAUCGACCAACAGCACUGUAUCCCUUGGCUCGGACUCGGACAGCGUGCAGCAAGCCCAGGCGGAGUUCGACCUGCGCAAAGAGAAUUCAGAGCUGCGCUCCCUCGUCGGCAAAAUUGCAGCGCAGCUUGACUAUGCCCAUGCGCAACUUCAUGUCGCGAACGAACAGAUUCAGCGUCAACACCCUAUUCAAGGAACUUCGAGAGACUCUGCGAGCCUGUCGCAAGGCGGCGGACCGAGACCCGUUCCGAUGAUCAAUCCUGCUUUGCAUGCUGCUCUUAUGCAGGGUGGACAGCCGUUUCUGCCUGUUUCGUCUGCCAACGCUGCCGCCACGGCUGGAACACCGCCGAACGCGCAGCAGCUGUCUGUCGUAAGUCACACUUCGCUGCUGCAUUCUUCUGCCCCGUCCAAGCAAUCGCCGGCACUCCUGUUUCGUCCUACCUUCAACACACCUGCUCAAGAAAUUAGCUCGGCCACAACCCCACCGAGAAUCGCGGCUCCUGCAGCGACCAGCAGGUCUGGUGCGGACAGAUGGGCUGCGCUGAAGGAGGACGGUCCGAUCAGAAGACGAGAUACAGAAACGUCAGCGGAGACUCUGAUCGCCCAGGUUCUCUCUGGCCGCAAUGGACAAGAUACGUCGAUAUUUCUUCAGCAGCAGCUCAAAAACUGCACAGACGAACGCAAGAAGGCUAUCGUCAAGGCGAUGAAGCCCGUACUCAUCGCUCUGUGCGAGGACAAGCACGGCAACUUUCUGGUCCAGCGUGCGAUUGGAGUCGACGCAUCCCUCGCUUGGGACCUCAAGGAGAGAUUUGUCGACCUGGCGCUGUCGCAAUUUGGUUGUCACGUGGUGCAGCGAGUGCUUGACGAGGAAGAACCCAUUAAAAUGGCGGUAGUUGAAGCAUUGCUUUCGGACCGUCUCAUGGACACGCUCGCAGCUCGUAGCUCGGUGCACAUCUGGCAGAAGGCACUGGAGAUCACCUGGACCCAAGCCUCAUUCCGCGCCAAGAUCUUCCAAGUCCUUAACGAUAGUCUUCGUGCGAAGUGGGCCCUAACAGCCAUGCAGGAGACUGGGAGCAUUAUCUGCCAAAACAUUUUCGAGAGCGCCGAUGCCAGCGAGAAGGGAGAGUGCAUCCGGGAGAUUCUCGAGCGUAUCCCCGACUGCGCCAACAACCAGUGGGGUGUCUGGGUCGUGCAGCAUAUGAUCGAUCACGGUGAACCAGAGACCCGGCAGACCGUUUUUCAGCGGCUACUCGAGCAAGCGGUGCAGCUCACGCUCUCGCAGUAUGGCCAGAAGGCGAUCAUGACAGCUCUCAAGACGAACGAUCCUGCGUUCAUGGUGCCUUAUGUCGAUAUCCUGUGCAACAGAGACGGAGGCGGCCAGGCGUCCGGCACGUCGAGCCGCCGCUCGGUCUUGAUCGACAUUGCCUGCGUCCCGCAGGGAUUCAACAUUGUCACACAGCUGCUCACCAACGUCGACAUGGAGCAGCGCGAGCGCAUCGUCUCCACCGUGCGUCGCAACUCGGUCUUCCUGAAAGGCAGCAAGGCAGGCUUACGCGUGCAUACAUUGUGUGAACGUGCUCGCGCUUACAGCGGAUAUUGAGGGGGAUGUACUUUUGGCUCAUCCUGAAUUUCUGUAUGCAUGAAAGCAGCAACCACAGGUCUG